AUGGGGGGGCACGGCGGGUUGAACAUUCUUCCGCAGAAGCGGUGGAACGUGUACAAUUACGAGAACCGGGAGAAGGUGCGCAAGGACGAGGCGGAGGAGGCUGCGCGCGAGCAGGCCCUGGCGGAAGAGCAGCGCCUCCGCGACAGCGAGUUGCGCCUUCAAACGCUCCGCGCGCGCGCGCGGCAGCAGCACCUUCCGCUUCCCCAGCAGCAGGCGGCGGAGGAGCAUCUGCUUCCCCCGCAGGACCAAGCGGCGCAGCCGUCGGCGGAAGACGCCGUGGUCGUCGCGGACUCGUCCCGAUUGGCCGAAUCACUCGCUAUAAGCACACGCGACUCUGUUUCGCAAGCGGGCGCGCUUAACGCGGGUCACAUAAACCUUUUCGAAGGCUUAGACUCGGCUGAUUUCUCCGCGUUACCGUGCAGUGCAGGCGCGCAGUCGAGCGACGCGGUGAGGCCCGGUCGGGCGCAGGAGGUGUGGGAGAAAGAGCACAAGGCGGGGGAGGAGGAGAAGCACAGAUUAGGGUACGGAGCAGUGGGGAAGGGUGGGCAGCAGCCCUGGUAUGCGCGAGCGGGUGACUUGACAGUGGGGGAGGGGGAAGGACAGGCGGGGAAGACUAAGGAGGAUGCAGGAAGCAGGGGAGUGGGGAAGAGAAGAAUCGUGGAAGUACCAGAAGCGAAAACGGACUCACAAAAAGUGGCAUUUGAGGCGCCUCAUAAGUUGGAUUCACAAAGAGUGACGAAGAUUAAACCUGGGGAAGGAAUUCACCGUGCAACAGACGAAGAUAGAGACGACAAUGAUGACAAAGACAUCAUUGCUGAGGAUGGCAAUGAGCACGUUUCUAUUCCAAGGCACAAGAAGAAACGGAAGCGUGAAAGGCGGCGGUCUGCUUCUCCACACUCCUCAUCCUCCACCUCACUUGCAAGCAGCGAUGACGAUGCUAACCACCACCGCUGCCGUUCAAGGAAACACUGGAAGAAGCAUCACGGGAAAAGGCAAUUUUCCUCCUCUGGUCGCUCUUCCUCUCAGGGUUCAUCUUCCUCCUCUUUGGACAGCGACAGUGAUCGUCGAGUGAGGAAGAAGCAGGGGAGCAGGCACAGUGCCAGAGAUCGAUCCGGGGAGAGGGGUGGACAGCGCCGACGCAAGGAGCACGAUGUGGGGAAGAGGCAGGUGAGGGAGACACGCAGGGCGUUAGGAGCGUCAGGGGGUAGGAAGACCAGAAACGAAAGGGGAACAGAGAGAAAAAAGGGGAAGGAGGGCGUAGCUACAGAAGAAAGGAUGAGGUGCGAAUCGGGGGGUGCUGCUGCGGAGCAUGGGAAGAUGAGCAUAGAGGCUUUGAGAGCGGAGAGGGUGGCAAGGGAGGCAAGGGAGAGGGAACGAGCUCAGAUUCUGUUACUGCAGCACCACCAGACAACAGGGGGAAGAGGAUUGGGAGGGGUUGUAGGUUCUGUAGCAGCAGGGGUAGGGAAUGCGUCAGGGGUGAGAGAGCUGGGAGGUGGGGUUGAAGGAAAUGGGUUGUUCGGGGGUAUUGUGAUGCAUGGGCCUGAAACAGGACAGCGAAGAAAGGAAGCACGAUACAAUUCUGGCUUCGGAUAUGGUCGUUAA